GUGUCAAUCAGUGUCUAAAAAAUACCAAGCGCGUUAUACUAUGCACGUGGGCCUGUUUAGCGUUUAAAUAUUUUAGAAAUUACAAUUCAUAAAAUGUCCUCAUCGUUUUUUCUGAAACCAGGCGCCGCCAAACAGGCCAACAAAAAGCGCAAGUUUAACGCAACGAAAGCCAAAGGCGGCGCUAAACCGGGAAAAAAAUCACAAAAUGCAACAGUUCCAGGGCCAAAAAAACAACGACGCGCCAAGGUGGACGACGAGGAGAUUGCGAGUGAUGAUGAGGAAUAUAACAGCGAUAUGGGCAACAACACUCUAGCGUUCUCCGCCGACGAGGAAGAGGAGGAAACACCCCAAGACAAACGUUUGCGUCUGGCCAAGCAAUAUUUGUCUGAAAUUGAGAAACAGGAGGCGGAGCGUGCCGAGCAUCGCGAGUUGAGCCAGAGUGUGGAGCAGCGUCUACAAACCGAGUAUUUGGAUAGUGUGGGGCGAUUGCGUCGCAACAUAGCUGCUGGCCUCCAAUCGUGUACAAUCCAGAGCGUGCUGAAGCACAAGGUGCACCACACGCCGCUUUGCGCUCUAGCUCUCAGCGCAGAUGGCAAAUACCUUUACACGGGCGCAAAGUCGCAAUAUGUACUCAAAUGGUGCACGGAGAGUGGGAAAGUGCUGGACAGAGGCGACGUGCUGCCGCAUCGCGAGGAGCCCGAAACGAAUAAAAAGCGCAGAUCGCAUGUCAUUGCCAUUUGCCUGUCCACAGACAUGAAGUAUAUGGCAUUAGCCGAGGGCGGCCCCCACAUACAGAUCUGGUGUCCACAGACCAUGAAGCAUGUAAAAACGUUCAAGGGUCACAGGGAUAAUGUCACGGGUCUGGUAUUUCGCAAGGGCACACACGAGCUGUACUCGGCGGCCAAGGAUCGCUCAGUGAAGAUUUGGUCUGUGGAUGAGUUGGCCUACGUGGAGAGUUUGUUUGGACACCAGACUGCUGUCACGAGCAUAGAUGCACUGAGUCGGGAGCGUGCUAUAACCGCAGGCGGUUCAGAUUGUUCGUUACGCAUUUGGAAGAUUACCGAAGAGUCCCAGCUGAUUUACAACGGACACAGAGAUGGCAUUGAAUGUGUCAAGCUGAUUAAUGAUGAGCAUUUCGUCUCUGGCGGCGUUGAUGGUGCCAUUAGCUUGUGGAGCGCCUUGAAGAAGAAGCCAAUUUGCACAACGCAACUGGCGCAUGGAAAGGGCGAGAAUGGCGUAGCCAACUGGAUAACAGCCAUUGCCGUUGUGGUUAAUACGGAUCUGGUGGCAACAGGCUCUUGCGAUGGCUGCGUCAGACUAUGGCAAAGCAAUCCUAAUGCGCGCAAGCUGCAGCCGAUUCAAACAAUAACCAUUGCGGGCUUCAUAAACGGCCUGACUUUCAAUGCCGAUGGCACCAAGCUGUAUGUGGCUGUGGGCCAGGAGCAUCGGUUGGGCCGUUGGUGGCGGCAUAAAGCUGCUAAAAAUAACAUAGUUGUAGUUGACAUUAAGUUACAAAGCACAGCCAGCUCGUAAGUUAAAUGUAAUCUUUUAAAUAAACUUGUUUAUAGAAAAAAGGCAUA